AUGUCAUCCACAACCACAUCUUCGGCCGACAGCGGUAAAGUCAACUUCCCGACAGAUGCUUCAUUGCCGGGCGAGCAUUUCGAGGUGCGCCAGACGCACCCGGAUGGCGACUACACACCGGACCCGUCGAAGUCACUCCCGCUGUCACCUGCGCGCCAGGCGUUGGUUGACGACAUCAUUGCUCUGUAUGAGAUGAAGCCCACGGUCGAGCGGGUGAAGCGAUACACGCCCGACUGUGUGUACAACGACCAGUUCGUUUACGCCAACGAUCGUUAUAAGAUGGCGGGACAGUGGUUCGCAUUGCCAAAGCUGUUCCAGAGCGCUAAGAGCCACGGAUAUCAGAUUGUUACCAAUGACCGGGACUUAAUCCAAUUCAGACAUGAGGAGGAAUGGACGUUUAAGAUCAUCCCUAAGACGGCAGUUAUCAAUGCCCUAGUCAGCUUGUCCCUGGAUCCGGCAACUAUUGACAGUGAUUUCAUUCGCGUCAAAUAUCACAAAGACCAGGCUAAUGACAAAGACUACUCGAAUGAAGGUUUGGGUGCGACCUUUAAAAAAUGGCAGGCGGACAAUGUCGCGAAGAACAUGGAUAGUGCCGACGUGGCUGCUUUCGAGGCGGAUAAGGACGCGCAAAAGGAGAAACGGCGGGAGUAUGGAAAUGGCGACGAGGAGGCUUCUGUAAAGAAUUUGUAA